CCUCCCCUUCGCGUUGCGGGCGGCCUGGAGGCGGUGCAGCGGGGCCGCCAUUUUCUGGUGCUGCUCGGUCGCUGGCUUCAGCGGGGGGAGCGGGGCCCGAGCGACGAGUUAGUCUUGUUUCUAACCCCCCCCCCUUUUUUCCAUACAGGCCCCCUCGGUAAGGAUCUGGCCUUCCCCACGCCGGGCCCCUCGCUUGCGGGGACUGGGAGGGAGGCCGGACGUCUCUGUUCGGUAGCGAGCCCAGCGAGUUUUCUCCCCGUAUCGACACAAAAGGCCGGAGGGUGGGGAUUAUUAGGCCUGGGCGGCUCCUUCAGCUUCGGUCCGGAGCGCGGGCCCGGUAGGCAUUGGAGCCCGCCUGGACGACGUUGUUGUUUCGGGGUCAGUGAAGAGCAGCUUGUUAGGCCUCUGGGUUUAUGACCCCUUUGAGGGCAGUCUAAAAGUUGGUUUUAGUUGGUUGCCCACAGGAUUGACUUGACUCCUGCUACUUAUUAAGGAAAAACACCUCUGUUUGCAGGUGUGUGUGUUUCAGCGCAGCAUGGCUGUGGUCAUCCGCUUACAAGGUCUCCCAAUUGUGGCGGGGACUAUGGACAUUCGCCACUUCUUCUCUGGAUUGACCAUUCCUGAUGGGGGCGUGCAUAUUGUAGGGGGUGAACUGGGUGAGGCUUUCAUCGUUUUUGCCACUGAUGAAGAUGCAAGGCUUGGUAUGAUGCGCACAGGUGGUUCUAUUAAAGGGUCCAAAGUAACACUGUUGCUGAGCAGUAAAACUGAAAUGCAAAAUAUGAUAGAACUCAGUCGCAGACGUUUCGAAACUGCAAAUUUAGAUAUGACACCAGCAAAUGCUAGCAGGUCUGGGCCACCACCUAGUUCUGGAAUAAGUAGUAGGGUGACUCUUCCAACUACUGUACCUAAUUUUAACAGUCCUUCUCCUAGUAUAGUAACUGCAGCUACGUCGGUCCAUGAAAGCAACAAAAACAUACCAACGUUCUCCACUGCCAGUAUGGGAACUGCUCCUCCCAAUCUUGGUGCUUCAUUUGGAAGUCCCACAUUUAGCACCACAAUACCUAGUACAGCAUCCCCAAUGAACACAGUACCACCUCCACCAAUACCUCCUAUUCCAGCCUUGCCAUCAUUGCCCCCCAUGCCAUCGAUUCCUCCCAUACCUGUCCCACCUCCAGUGCCUACACUGCCUCCUGUUCCUCCAGUUCCCCCAAUACCUCCUGUACCUCCUGUGCCACCUAUGACAUCUAUGCCUCCUUUAUCAGGAAUGCCACCUCUGAAUCCUCCACCUGUAGCACCUUUGCCUGCUGGAAUGAAUGGGUCAGGAACAGCCAUGAAUUUGAGCAGUAAUUUGAACCCAAUGUUUAUGAGUCCCAUAAAUCCUGUUCAAAUCAGUUCCCAAAGCAAUGUGAAAUCACUUCCUAUCAAUCCAGAUGAUUUGUAUGUUAGCGUCCAUGGGAUGCCUUUUUCAGCAACAGAAUCUGAUGUCAAAGACUUUUUCCAUGGACUCCGUGUGGACGCAGUGCAUAUACUAAAAGAUCAUGUUGGACGCAAUAAUGGAAAUGGAUUAGUUAAAUUUUGCUCUCCUCAAGAUACAUUUGAAGCCUUGAAGCGGAACAGGAUGCUGAUGAUUCAGCGCUAUGUUGAAGUUAGUCCUGCGACAGAGAGACAGUGGGUGUCUGCUGGAGGCCAUAUAACAUUCAAGCAAACCAUUGCUCCUUCUGGGCAAAACCACCCUUCUCCUCAGACUCUACCUAUGUCCAAAUCUCCUAAUGGUCAGAAAAGGUCAAGAUCUAGGUCUCCACAUGAUCAGGGGUUCUGUGUUCAUUUAAAAGGUCUUCCCUUUGAAUCCGAGAACAAACAUGUCAUAGAUUUCUUUAAAAAGCUAGAUAUUGUGGAAGACAGUAUUUACAUAGCUUAUGGACCCAGUGGGAAAGCACUUGGUGAAGGUUUUGUUGAGUUCAGAAAUGAAACUGACUAUAAAUCAGCAUUAUGUCAUCAUAAGCAGUACAUGGGGAAUCGUUUUAUUCAAGUUCAUCCCAUCACUAAAAAAGCUAUGUUAGAAAAGAUAGAGAUGAUCCGGAAAAGACUUCAGAACUUCAACUAUGAUCAGCGAGAGAUUAUGAUGAGUACAGAAGGACAGGCUGGCCCUUCCAAACUAUGUGUACAUAUAUCCAAUGUCCCUUAUAACAUCACCAAAAUGGAUAUCAUCCAGUUUUUAGAGGGACUAGCAGUGGAAGAGAACUCUGUACAGAUUCUUGUUGAUACUAACGGGCAUGGUUUAGGACAAGCACUGGUCCAGCUGAAGAGUGAAGAAGAUGCUCGUAAAUCAGAGCGCCUACAUCGCAAGAAAAUGAAUGGGAGAGAAGUGGUGCUUAGGGUGAUAUCUCUUGAAGAAAUGAGAGAAAUUGAAAGAAAUCCUCCGUCGCAAGGGAAAAAAAUGUUGAAAAUGCAAGGAAGUACAACCUUGCCUGGCAUGCAGAAUGUUGUUGGGGAUGAUCAUUCUUUCAUAAGCAGUGCAUCAAAAGAUACAAGUAGUGGUCCUCCUUUUCAUUUUCCCAGUAACUUUGGUGGCUCUAAUGCAUUUGGUCCCCCUCUUCCACCUCCAGGAAUAGGAGGUGGUGGUUUUGGUGAUUCCAGACCAGGAAUGCCAUCUAUUGGAAGUAGUGGUUUGCCUGUGCUGCCUGGUCCAGGAAUAGAUGUCCCGGGCUUUGGAGGUGGUCCUAGUAGUUUAAGUGGGCCAUCAGGUUUUGGAGGAGGCCCUCAGAAUUUUGGAAAUGGACCUGGUAAUUUAACUGGUCCUCCUAGUUUUGGAAGUGGACCUCCUGGUCUUGGUGGUGGGCUUGGACAUUUAAGUGGACCUCCAGCGUUUGGACCUGGACCUGGGAAUUUGCAUAUUGCUGGUCCACCAGGGUUUGGAGCUGGUUCUGGAAAGCCAGGUCCAACUGUCAUUAAAGUUCAGAAUAUGCCCUUUACUGUAUCAGUUGAUGAAAUUUUAGAUUUCUUCUAUGGUUACCAAGUAAUUCCAGGCUCAGUAUGCUUAAAAUAUAAUGAAAAAGGAAUGCCCACAGGUGAAGCAAUGGUAGCAUUUGAGUCUCGGGAUGAAGCUAUGGCAGCUGUUGUUGAUCUAAAUGACAGGCCAAUAGGAUCGAGAAAAGUCAAACUUAUGGCUCACUGCGUGACCAAGGUGGAACUGUCCAUAUGCUGUGAUAAUCUCAUUGAUAAAGAUGUUGGCUCAAAAUCUGAUCCUCUGUGUGUCUUGCUUCAAGAUCUUGGUGGAGGCCAAUGGACCGAAUUGGAUCGAACUGAGAAAAUAAAGAACUGCCAGAAUCCUCAGUUUUCAAAGAAGCUGCUGAUUGAUUAUUAUUUUGAAAAAGUGCAGAAUCUGAAAUUUGGAGUGUAUGACAUUGAUAACAAAUCCUAUGACUUAAAUGAUGAUGACUAUCUUGGAGGGGUUGAGUGCACACUGGGACAGAUUGUGUCAAGUAAAACAGUCAUUCGACCUUUAGAAUUGAAGAAAGGAAAGCCUGCAGGGAAAGGCACCAUCACGAUUUCUGCAGAGGAGAUUAAGGACACCCGGGUUGUGUCUUUGGACGUUGAAGCCCGGGGUUUGGACAAAAAGGAUUUUCUGGGCAAAUCUGAUCCAUUUCUGGAGUUUUAUAAACAGAGUGAUAGUGGAAAAUGGCAACUUGUUUACCGCUCAGAGGUGAUCAAGAACAAUUUAAAUCCUUGCUGGCGAAAGUUCAGUGUUCCUCUGCAGACAUUUUGUAGUGGUGAUUUCAAUGCACCAAUCAAGGUGCAUUGUUCAGAUUAUGAUAGUGAUGGGUCACAUGAUUUGAUAGGCAGUUUUGAGACUAAUCUAUCCCAGCUACAGAAGGCAGGUGGAAGCUCUCCGGUGGAAUUUGAGUGUAUUCACCCUGAAAAGAAGAGAAAGAAAAAGAGCUAUAAGAAUUCUGGCAUUGUUAGGGUGAAAUCCUGCAAGAUUGAAACAGAAUACUCUUUUCUGGAUUACAUCAUGGGAGGCUGCCAAAUUAAUUUCACUGUGGGUAUCGAUUUCACUGGCUCAAAUGGUGAUCCAAAGUCUUCUGAUUCUCUUCACUACAUCAGUCCAAAUGGGAUAAAUGAAUAUCUCUCUGCCAUCUGGGCUGUGGGGAAUGUGGUCCAGGAUUAUGAUACAGAUAAAUUGUUUCCUGCCUUUGGGUUUGGUGCUCAGGUUCCUCCAGACUGGAAGGUGUCACAUGAAUUUGCACUGAACUUUAAUCCUGCCAAUCCCUAUUGUCAAGGAAUCCAGGGAAUUGUGGAUGCCUAUCGCCAGACACUGCCACAAGUUCGUCUGUAUGGGCCAACAAACUUUUCUCCUAUCAUAAAUCAUGUUGCAAGGUUUGCUGUUCACUCUGCUCAACAAAAUACUGCUUCUCAAUACUAUGUCUUGCUGAUAAUCACAGAUGGAGAGAUCACCGAUCUGGAUCAAGCCCGCCAAGCCAUUGUGAAUGCCUCCAAGCUGCCCAUGUCUAUUAUUAUCAUUGGAGUUGGCAGUGCUGAGUUCAAGGCCAUGGAAUUCCUGGAUGGAGAUGAUGGUGCCCUAAAAUCACUGACAGGGGAACCAGCUGCCCGAGACAUUGUUCAGUUUGUACCUUUCAGAAAAUUCCAGAAUGCUCCUCGUGAGGCUCUUUCCCAGACAGUCUUGGCUGAAGUUCCUAAGCAACUGGUGUCCUACUUCAAGAUGGUUGGCCUGGCCCCUGUGAAACUACCUUCAGAAAAACCAAAAUGAAGCAAAGGCUCUUACUUUCAUUUAUAAAAGGAAGCGAGAGCAUCAUAUCUGCCACUCUGUGAUCAAUGUUAAUAGUCCUAUUCCUUUGGGAACGUUCUGUAUCUCAAGUUAUCUACAUAUAUGUUAGGAAAAGACAUAUUUGCAGGCAAUGUAUUAUUUGUGAUCUUAGCUACUUGGAAGGUAAUUAACAUCUCAGAUCACUUACUAUGGCCAAAAAUGUUUGCAUUCUGCACACUUGCGCGUGCUGUGCUACCAGGGCAAGAGGAACCAUUUAAGCUGAUAAGGAUUUAGGCUUUCUAUUUCCCAUCUCCACUGCUGAGUUCAUUUGGUGACCUUGGCAAUCAUUGUCUCUCAGCCUAACCGACCUAACAGGGUUGUUGUGUAGAGGAGUCCAUGUAUGCCCCAUAAGUACCUUGGAGGAAUAUAAUGAAGCUAUUAUUUUAAUGGCAGAUGGGGUCAAUAGGUCACUUUAAAAUGUAAUGUGAGGAAAUGACAUUUAAUAGCAUGGCUCUUGAGGUCUAAUAUACACAGCAGAAGCAGUAGCAUGUAAUGCAAGAGGCACAUAUUUAGGGAUAUCUCUGCAUGAGAAGACUGUGUGUGUAUGUCUAUGUCUCUCUCUGUGUGUGGCAUGUUUGCACUGUCAAGUCACAGCUGAUUUAUGGCAAUCCUGUAGGGUUUUCUAGGCAAGAGACUUUCAGAGAUGAUUUGCGAUUGCCAGCUCUGCUGAGAGAGUUCUGAGAGAACAGUGACUGACCCAAGGUCACCCAGCAGGCUUCAUGGGGAAGAAUGGGGAAUUGAGCCCAGUUCUCCAGAUUAAAGUCCACUGUGCUUUAACCACUAUACCGAAAUCCAUUGGCUGUCCUCUCUAGGAACUAAAAAACUCCUCCUUCAGGGAGAAGUAACUGACCUUCCAUGAAUAUUUUGGAAGGAAUAAUAAUCACACUAAUGUAGUCUUAUAGAUUAGCAGCAUAUGACAUUAUUCUUAACAUAGAAUUGUCUUUUUGUGUGCAGAACUUCAAAUAUCAUGGCCACUUAAAUUACUAUAGCAUCAUUUAUGACAGUAUUUUGUAAUAUUACAGGCUGCCAAAAAUUUUUUGAGCAUGUGUUGAUGCCAUACUCUAAGAAACAGUCUUGCAGUUUUCCCUCAAGUUUGUCAUGUAUUGGAACUAUAGAUACAAUAUUUUUCCAUUGGUUAUGUAUGUAGAUGUAUUCAUUAUACCACUAAUAUGCUCCUGUCUGAAGGAGAAGCCUUGCCUAUAUUGAUAUAUUCCAAAAAUGUUUCUAUUGUCUUAAUUUCUAUUGUGCCUUCAUAGAAUGCCAAAGAUUUUUUUAAUGAAUAUUAUUUUUUUUUACCAAGAAACCUUUAGCUUCACUUCUACAAAUCAAAUUCAAAUCAAUAUUUUCUUCUUCUGGUGCUGUUUACAUUCAAAUUCUUAGCUGUUUUGCAAAGGAAUUUUGGUCAGUGUAUUUCAAGCUGUGGGCAGUGCACUUAUGAGGCACUUAUGAGGCAAUGGAGACACAUGAGUUCAUUGUGUAGUCUUCCAUUUUCUCUACAGGGAGAGAGAAAAUAAAUGUAUUUUUCUCCUGUUUUGCUAUUGCACUAUGCUUGGACAAUCAAAGAGGGAACAUUCUUUUCUUUUUUGCAUAAUCUCUUAUCCAGUGGUUUCAUUUAUGCCCAAACCUUGAAUGCUUGUUUUAUAAAAUAGUGCCUAAAGGAGGACAGAAGAACAACUUCAUAAAGCAAGAGUUUGUAUCAUUUGUGGUAGAUUCCAAUUGUGUUUUGGAAAAUGCAUUCCACUUUUUAAUAUUGCCCGCCCUUAUUUGCGGGGGGGGGUCGUCACUUUAACAUGCAGUAUAAAAUAUCUAAUAGAUUAGAAUACAGUAAAAUUUUGAUAAUUUUAAUGUUUAAUUGUACCAAGUAACAUUUUGCGAAACAUCAAACUCUAUUAAGGUGAAAUCUCUACAUAAAUUUAUGCAGAGCAAAAACGUGAUCAUCUGAGGCUGCUGAUUGACUCCUGAAUGAGAGAAGUAUUCUCUCAUUUACAACUUUAACAUAUCACCUUGAGUACCUCAAAUCAUAGAUGUUUAUGUUACAAGUUGUUUAUUGUUUUUGUCAGGUCUUUGGGUUCAAUUGUCAGCCUGUGAUGAAUUAUGCAGACCCCUUAAAAAGGGGAACUGCUCCCAGUAUAUUUCUGAUGAGAAAUUUCUAUUUAAAUCAUUCCUAGGGCCUGAUUUCUAGAUAGUUGGUAAACUGGAUAUUAGAAUGGGUUCUGCUGUUUCUGACUACAAAUUGGGAGCAUUCAACAUCUUUAGGGCAUCUUUGCAUGAAACAAAAAACUUCCUGCAUGUAGAAAAUUAGCAUACAAAGGAACAAGCUACACUAGAACUUUCCUCCCGGUUGAGCUAGCUAGGGAACAGAGUGUUUUUCUGAAUGAAAAGUGAGGCCCAUUUUAGAGACAGAAUUAUGUUUUUCAGUCAGUUUGAUGAUAACUGAAUAGUCAUAGUUUCCAAUUACUGGAUACUACAGUAAAGAAAGAAAGGAGAGGUUCUCUUUAGCUA